CUCACGCCUGGUAGGAUGUUUGGAGUGGGGGCUUCCUCUUUGAUACUUCACGGGCGGCGUCUCAAAAAUACACUGAGCCCCAGACACCAAGGACUCUUCAUGUAUCCGGAAGGAGAAAUCAGAGUAGGUCAGGUUGUCCUGAAUGCCAUGGUCCUUCAGGUCUCCCAGGCUCUGCUCCGGUCUUUUACCUCAUCUACCAGGAGCCACUUAGAAAACCGAGUGGCACAGAAGCAGAAGCUCUUCCAGGCAGACAACGACCUCCCGGUGCACUUGAAGGGCUGGGGAAUGGACAACAUCCUGUACAGACUGACCAUGACGCUGACGCUCGGGGGCACUGCCUACUGUUUAUACUGCUUGGGCUGGGCCUCCUUCCCCCACAAGAAGUGACUCCAAGAAGCUCAGAGGACUUGGGCAAACAUCAAUAAAUAUGCUAACCUCUUGAGAACCCAA